GCGUCCUGCCUGCCAAGUGGAUAGCAUGGCGGGGCCCGCGCCGGGCGCCCUCAUGGCGGAAGAUUACUUCGGGAAUGCGGCUGAGUGGGGCGAGGAGGCGGAAGGCGGCCAGCAGCAGCAGGAAGAUGAUUCCGGAGAAGGCGAGGAUGAUGCAGAGGUACAGCAGGAAUGCCUGCAUAAGUUUUCCACCCGGGACUAUAUCAUGGAGCCUUCCAUCUUCAACACUCUGAAGAGGUAUUUUCAAGCGGGAGGGUCUCCAGAAAAUGUUAUCCAGCUCUUAUCCGAGAACUAUACCGCUGUUGCCCAGACUGUGAACCUGCUCGCUGAGUGGCUCAUUCAAACAGGUGUUGAGCCGGUACAGGUUCAGGAGACGGUGGAAAACCAUUUGAAGAGUUUAUUGAUCAAACAUUUUGAUCCCCGCAAAGCAGAUUCUAUUUUUACUGAAGAAGGGGAGACCCCAGCUUGGCUUGAGCAAAUGAUCGCACAUACCACGUGGAGAGAUCUGUUCUACAAGCUGGCUGAAGCCCAUCCUGACUGUCUGAUGCUGAACUUUACUGUGAAGUUGAUUUCUGAUGCAGGGUACCAAGGAGAAAUCACCAGUGUGUCCACUGCAUGCCAGCAGUUAGAGGUGUUCUCUCGAGUGCUUCGCACCUCACUAGCCACAAUCUUGGAUGGAGGAGAAGAAAACCUUGAGAAGAAUCUCCCUGAGUUUGCUAAGAUGGUAUGCCACGGGGAACACACAUACCUGUUUGCACAGGCCAUGAUGUCGGUGCUGGCCCAGGAGGAACAGGGCGGGUCCGCUGUGCGCAGGGUUGCACAGGAAGUACAACGCUUCGCCCAGGAGAAAGGCCAUGAUGCCAGUCAGAUCACACUGGCCUUGGGCACUGCCGCUUCCUAUCCCCGGGCCUGCCAGGCCCUUGGGGCCAUGCUGUCGAAAGGAGCCCUGAAUCCUGCAGACAUCACUGUCCUGUUCAAGAUGUUCACCAGCAUGGACCCUCCUCCUGUGGAGCUCAUCCGGGUGCCGGCCUUCCUGGACCUGUUUAUGCAGUCACUGUUCAAGCCGGGGGCCAGGAUCAACCAGGACCACAAGCACAAGUAUAUCCACAUCUUGGCUUACGCCGCCAGUGUGGUUGAGACCUGGAAGAAGAACAAGCGGGUGAGCAUCAAUAAAGAUGAGCUGAAAUCGACAUCCAAAGCGGUGGAAACUGUCCACAACCUGUGCUGCAACGAGAACAAGGGGGCCUCUGAGCUGGUGGCGGAGCUGAGCACUCUGUACCAGUGCAUCAGGUUUCCUGUGGUAGCAAUGGGUGUGCUGAAGUGGGUGGACUGGACGGUAUCUGAGCCCCGGUACUUCCAGCUCCAGACGGACCACACCCCGGUCCACCUGGCCCUGCUGGACGAGAUCAGCACCUGCCACCAGCUCCUGCACCCCCAGGUCCUGCAGCUGCUUGUUAAGCUUUUUGAGACAGAGCACUCUCAGCUGGACGUGAUGGAGCAGCUAGAGCUGAAGAAGACCCUGCUGGACAGGAUGGUUCACCUGCUGAGCCGAGGUUAUGUACUUCCUGUGGUCAGUUACAUCCGGAAGUGUCUGGAGAAGCUGGACACUGACAUUUCACUCAUUCGAUAUUUUGUCACUGAGGUGCUGGAUGUCAUCGCCCCCCCAUACACCUCUGACUUCGUGCAGCUUUUCCUCCCCAUCCUGGAAAAUGACAGCAUCGCCGGCACCAUCAAGACCGAAGGGGAGCACGACCCGGUGACGGAAUUCAUUGCUCACUGCAAGUCUAACUUCAUCAUGGUAAACUGAGUCCAGGUUCCCGUCAGAGCUGAAGUGGAGCCCUGCAAGCCCAGCUGAGCUGUGGAGGACCUUUUCCUAGAGCUGCUCUUCAGAGGCGCAGUCGGCCUCUGCAUGCAGGGCUGCCUGCUUCGUAGGAGAGCAUGCCGGCAGUGUGGGACCUUCUGGCCCCACCGUGUCCAGUGUCCACUUCCCUCAGUAAAGGAGCCAAGCGAGGUGGGAAUUCAGAGCAGGCUUCAGUGAAACACUUUCAAAGCUGAAUCCAGUUUUCUCACAGGAAAAACUAGUCAGUUGAUGUGUCACUCUAGUUGUUACAAUUUGCUAAUAAAUUUUUUUAAAAGCCUUUCA